AUGGAGGCCAAGUUUUUCCGGUUUCUGAAGGUUGUUGGAUCCGGCUAUAAAGCGAGAACAGAGUGCGAAGGCCGUGAGUUGUUUCUGAAGAUAGGCUUCAGCCAUGAGGUGCACUUCACCGCCCCACCCGCCGUCCGCGUCUUCUGCUUCAAACCCAACCUAAUAUGCUGCGCUGGUAUCGACAAGCACAGAGUACACCAUUUCGCCGGAGCUAUUCGAACCAUCAAGCCUCCAGAUAUAUACAAGGGGAAGGGCGUAUUGUACAUCAACGAGGUUACAAAGAAGCAGUGGCGGCACCGGCACUAG